AUGUCCUGGAGUGUUCACUUCUCGACGUGGGAGAAUGCAUUGCAGCUCAUCGAAGCUGUGGACCGGCCCAAUUUUGGCUUACGCCUUGACAGCUUUCAUCUGGUUACCAAGCUCUGGGAAGACCCAUUUGCGAGAUCGGGAAAGUAUCCUCACGCGGAUCAACAACUUGCUGCUUCCUUGCAUCGCUUCCAACAACAUUGUCCUCUGGAAAUGAUCUUUUAUGUCCAAUUCUCCGAUAGCGAACGGUUUGAUCCACCCUUUUCUCGAACCCAUCCGUGGUAUGUUGAAGGUGAGGCGCCUGAGUUCACCUGGUCAAAACAUGCAAGACCCUUUCCAUUUGAGACCGAACUGGGGGGCUACAUGCCUGUCGCAGAAGUUGCGAAAGCUUGGAUCCUUGAGAAAGGGUUCAGAGGAUGA